AGCAGAAAAUUAAUUAGUGUAUUGUUUCCCAACUGAACUCUGAAAAUGAGCAUCCAGUAUCAGUGAUCUUCCACGGUUUGUUUGAAGAGCAGUUACAUUUGCAUCAUCACGCACCUGAUUAUUAUAUGUAUAGAUUACGUCAGAAUAAAUAGUGCGCUCCUUCAUAAAUACACCAAACAAACAAUACACUGUUUGCAUCCACAGACGAGUCUUUGAAAAACUGAUAAAAUAUCUAUAAUUGUAACAAUACUUAAGUCUACGGCAGUUAGCUAAUAUUUGAUCGGCAAGCAAUAUGACAGGGGGCAACUUUCAUACCCCUUAACUCUUAGUACUCGUGUCACCGUCGGAAAAGAUGGCCAUCCCAGAAGAACAGCCACUAAAGCAUAAAGAAAAACCAAAAAAGAAAUCGUUCAAAGAGAAGUUAAUAAGUAUAAAAGAGAACAUUACUGUGGAACCAGUUCUGGUGUGUUAUGUGGUCCCGGGAGUGUUGUCUAGGUUGGCGACACAAAACCUGAACUUGGACAAAGCAUGUCGGGUGAACAUGAAGUUUGGGGACAAAGUUUGCGAUGCACUGAUCGCUAAAAAGGGAAACCAGUACUUGAAGGAGGAAUUGGCGGUGCAGGAGUUGAUAGCAGGAAUGGAGAUGUGGAAGAGUGUGUUGUUGACAGCGUUACCGAGUUUAUUGAUCCUGUUCCUUGGAGCCUGGAGUGAUAGGACGGGGAAGCGGAAGAUAUGCAUCCUACUUCCCAUCUUUGGGGAUCUACUUAUGUGUUUGAACGAUUUACUUAACGCGUACUAUUUCUAUGAGUUGCCGGUGCAAGUGACCAUGUUCUUCGAUGGGUUCUUCCCUGCUAUCACGGGAGGAUGGAUCACUACUUACAUGGGUAUUUUUGCAUAUAUCAGUGACAUAUCAAGUGAGGAGAAUAGGACGUUUCGGGUGGGGAUAGCCAAUUUAUGCUUGACAGCAGGAGGACCAAUAGGAUCUGUUCUCAGUGGUAUUCUUCUAAAUUGGACAGGAUACUAUGGAGUAUUCACUAUCAGUGCGUUGUUGAAUCUGAUUAGUAUUCUCUAUGGAUUCUUCCUUAUCAAUGAUCCGGAGAGACCCGUUACAGAAAAACCAAAACAGAACGAAUCGUUCAACGUAAGGGGCUUCCUAAAAUCCUUUUUCGACAUAAAACACGUAAAAGACACUUUGACUGUCGCAUUCAAAAAAGGACCUAAUAAGAGGAGGACAAAGUCCAUUUUAGUGCUGGCAUCCAUUGCGUUUAUAUACGGCCCGUCUCAUGGAGAAGCCACGGUACGCUACUUGUUCACGCGGUAUCGUUUCAACUGGGACGCUCUCAUGUACAGUUUCUACAGCACUUUCUUCAUAUGUAUACAUGCGCUGGGUGCUUUGGUCUCAAUAAGCCUGUUCAGUCAUCGCUUGAGGUGGGAUGACUCAGUUCUGGGCCUGAUCUCCAAUGGCAGCAAGGUGGUUGGUGCCUUAUAUACUGGUCUCGCUAGAAAUACUAGGGACAUGUAUAUAGCUGUGGCCAUAGAAAUGUUCAAUGCGACAUCCUUCACUGCGUUGAGGUCCAUAUCGUCCAAACUAGUCACCAGUGAUGAAUUAGGUAAAAUGACUUCAUUCUUCAAUCUGAUGGAAGUGGUGACAUCAAUGAUCUUCGGGCCAUUGUACUCCUGGAUCUACAUGUGUACCUUGGAAACUGAUGCUGGGAUCGUGUACUAUUUCAGCACGGCCCUCACAAUCCCACCUUUACUAUUUUUUGUCUGGUUCUUCAUACAAAACCGUAAGGACGUCGCAGCACUAGAAGAUAAGUGUGACGAUGCGGCCACAGAGUUACAGUCCAAGAGGAAAAAGGAUUCUCUCAUCAACAGCUUAGAUUUAGAUCAUGAAUUAAUUGUAGUUGAAUAAAUAAGUAGUUAGUUAGUACAUAUCUAGUUAAUUUACCUAUUCAUAAAU